AUGACGGCAUCGAGUCUCAUUUUCGCAAGUAACGGGGGUGUGGACAAGACCAGGCUCAAGAUCUUGGCCUGCGCUUCCCCCUUCACAGGCCACACGAUGCCCAUCAUCAAUAUCGUCGAGGUUUUAAUACAGCGGGGAUAUGAUGUCACAUUCAUCGCAGGAGACGAAUUUCAAGAAAGAAUUGAACGUAUCGGUGCCAAGUUCUUCAGCGUUCCCACUAUCCAUCUUGUACAGCCGCCGGAGGAGAGAAACCCUUCUGGGCAAGAGUUUGCAAGAAUGCGGCACAGCCUCCUGAAGUACUUUAUUGAGCCAACAGAAGCUCACAAAAACGUCUUGUACAAGGUCUUGGAGCACAUGAAGAGAGAGGCGCCCACGCACAACAUUGUCAUCCUGACAGAGACGUUCUAUUUGGGACAUGUCCCCAUGUAUCUCGGCGCUGCACUACCACGUGGCUUCACCAAGCGGCCGAGGACAGUCAAUAUACACGCUGUUCCCUAUACUUUGCCAAGUCGGGACACUCCGCCGUUCUGUCUAGGGCUCAUCCCCGAUGGCAGAGAGGAGAGUCGCGACACAUACCGUGCUCAAUACGAAGACAUGGUAACCGUCACAUUCGCCGAUGUCAUGGCAGCUCAUGAAAAGACGCUUCGAGAGCUGGGGGCAGUGAAUUACAAGGCGGCCUUGCCGGUCGACGCUCUCGCCACCGCUGCAGAUGUCACUCUCCAAAUGUGCCCCCCGAGCCUGGAGUACAAGCGAUCGGACAUUCACCCCAAAGUCAGAUUCGCAGGCGCGCUCAACCAUCGUCCCGCCAAAAAGAGCUUCGUUCCUCCCAGCUUCUGGGAAGAUGUCACUCGCGGGGACAGGAUCGUCGUCGUAGUUUCGCAGGGAACCAUUGCUGUCGACUACGCAGAUCUACUUAUCCCCGCUCUACAAGCACUCAAGCAUCGUUCAGACAUUUUUGUCGUUGCCAUCCUCGGCCAUAGGGGGGCAAGUCUCUCUGCUGAGGUUCAAAUACCGCCCAAUGCUCGGGUUAUAGAUUAUCUUCCGUAUGAUGCCGUUCUCCCAUAUGCCUCUGUCUUCGUGAUGAAUGCAGGCUAUGGUGGGUUCAUACAGAGUGUUUUGAACGGAGUGCCCAUGGUUCUGGCGGGUGGUUCGGAGGACAAGCCGGAAGUGGCUGCUCGUGGCGAAUAUUCUGGUGUGGCCGUCAACCUGAGGACUGCGACGCCCUCGGAGGCAGAGAUUCGUGGAGCAGUCAGCGCAGUCUUGAGCAAUCCAAAGUACAAGAAACGCGUGCUGGAAGUCAAGAAGGAAAACGAGGAAAUGAGGGCAAUGGAUACUGUCGAAAGGGCGAUUCUUGAGAUGGCUGCUAUCAGCUGA